UAAAUUUACUUAUUUUUGUCUUCCUCUUUUAGGAAGUACAAGUCCCUAUAAUGUCCCAGGACGAAUGCCGCAAAAGUCGCUAUGGGCCCUCUCGCAUUACCGAUAACAUGCUUUGUGCCGGUUAUGAUGAGGGAAAGAAAGACAGUUGCCAGGGUGAUAGUGGUGGUCCUCUACAUGUUGUGGCACCUGGUACUCGUGAACAUCAAUUAGCUGGUGUAGUGUCAUGGGGUGAAGGUUGUGCUAAGGCCGGUUAUCCUGGUGUCUAUGCACGUGUCAAUCGUUAUGGUACUUGGAUUAAAACCUUAACGAAAAAUGCCUGUCUCUGUCAAUCGGAAACGAAGAAGAUUAAAAAAUAAUUUUAAUUUUCUUUUUCAAAUGAUUAUUUUUACAAGUGUUUUAUUUAUUUAUUUAUUUAUAUAUUUAUUUUACAUUUAAUUAUUUAUUUUAUUUAUUAAAAUCUAUGUUAAGGAGAAAAUUUCAAUAAAUUACAAAGUUUUUCCAACAUUUA